ACCGCGGACCACGUGGGCGCUUCUGCCGCGACGGAAGAUCGCGGGCGUAGACACCGAGUCGAACUGCGGGUAAGCCAGGGGUCCUUACGCAGAAAGAGGGAAGUACUAGGAAGCAUGACUCUGGUCACGGGAGCAGUUCAGAGAGAACAAGUACUUUGGCAAAGGAAAGGGCUGGCACAGAGAUCAGAGCAAGGAAUGACUGCCUUUACCUUUGUCCCAUGAACAGAGAACUGUAGACUUCAAAACAAGUGUCAAAGAAGCAUUGCUGGACACCACACAUGGAGUAGGCUCUGAGAGCAAUGGAAGCAGAACUGCAAGCUCUUUGCCCCUGACAAAGCAACAGUGGGGGAGAACCAAGUGAACACUCAGUCUUUACUGACAGGCACGUUGAUGCAUGGACAGGACCUGCUAGCAACCAAGAGCAUUAACAGGGUGACAGUCAUUGAGCAAGUUGGAAUUUUCCUCGACCAAAUUGAUGAUUUCUGACUUCGUGGGAAACCAGUGGAAAAUUCAUGCCACCUUCUUGUUUUGUUAAGCAGUUUGUAAACUUCAUGAAGCAGAAAGCCAGAAGCUGUGGCUGCUCAGCAAAGCCCAGAAAAUUCAACCAACAGUUCACCUACUGCAAAAUUCAUGGUGGUUGCUAUAGCCCCUGAGGUUCAAAAACAUAGUAUGGUUUACAAAACUAAGGCAUAUACUUAGUUUGAGAAAGCUUAGCCAUGUGUUUGCAUAGCCUGCUGAAAAGGUUCUCACAAUGGCUUAGAAAAUAUAUGAGACGAAAUUCCUAGCAACACUGCAUAAUUUUACAAACACUAUUUUCAUCUUGAGCAUUAAGAAAACAUUUAUCAUGGCUUGGAAUUCUUACAUCAGCAGUUGCUGCAGUGCCAGCUACUAUCUCCACUUUUCUCCUGGACCCCUUUCAGUUACAGAACAUGGCACUCCCAGGGCACAAGUUUCAGUUAAAGUCUGGAAACUCUAAAACACGACUCCUGGCAGCAAGGUGAGGAAAACACACUUAAAAUGAGCAUCCGCAUACACGCUGCCUUUAAGAGAAGAAAGUGCGGUGCAGUUGGUGCAGUCUCCAUUACGAGUUUUAGGUCUAUGGUAUUCUCCAGCCUGGGCAGAGGUUAUUUGAACUCUUGCUAAUGAGGUGAAACAUCCACUCCCCGUUUCUCAGGCACAGGUCUUGCACACAGAGGGAAACGGCUGGGAAUGGACUGUUACUCUAACCUCAGCCAACAAUUUCCAAAUGCUUGAGAGUACAAGGAGCACCAAGGAUGUCACAGUGUAAAUUCACCCAUGGGAAAAUGACCUGCAGAAUAUGUCCUUUCACAUACAUUGUAAGCCUUUGUUUUCUUAAAAUUUCCAUAUAGAAAGUUUUAUACUUCCCAAGCUAUUUACUGGCCAUAACAACAAUGGUAAUAAUGGUCAUCCUUGUAAGCAGUUUCUAUAGACAUUGCCUACAUUAAAUGGUUUUGCAUGUGGUAGCAGCCAACAUACCCUGAGCCCUUCACCAGGUCCCUCAUUGUUCUAGGUGCACUGUGGAAAUUAAAAUCUUCACUCUGAUGCUAUGUGGUGGAAAUCAGAUAAGAAACUAGGCCUGAGAGAUUCAGAAACUUACCCAAGGUUGCUCAGCUAAUGAAUGGCCCUGGCAGGAUUCAAACCCAUGACAGUCUGUUUCCAACGCUCAUGUUCUUGACCACUAUGCUGUAGACUCUUACUAGCCACUGAAGGCUCUCAUUUUAUCUUUAUCUAAAGGUGAAAAUACAAAGGUUGUAAGUGAUAAAGCCAAUUACGAAUUGUCACUCACCGAUAAUGACUAGGCUUGGAUUUGAACCUGUUCUGAUCUGAAGGCUUUCAUAAUGCCAUAGUCCUUAGGCAGUCCCUGCUGCUAGAGGGAGGAAAUGGGGUGGUCCCCUCUUAAUAUUAUACAUGUCUGGAUUUGGAGCUUCAGCGAUUGUAUGAGUAUUACUACAAAAGGUAAGCAGAUUCCUUUAUUUGAACAUUCUCGCUGAUGAACUCCAGAGCUGCAAGUCUGCUACUGUGAUUCCCGGUAUUCCUACCUGCAGACUGUAGGACUCUUGUGUUUACACUGCCCUGAUUUCCAGCAUGGUAGAUUCAUGUUUCUCAAACACAGGCAUCUAUAACUGUCUUCUGGUCAGCUAUGCCUGGGAACACUGCAGAUACUUCAAAUGAAACUCAGCAACAUAUGAGCCUACUUUUUUCCCACCCCUCAGCAUUCCUCCCCACUCUUCUUGCAUCUAGUACCACAUUUUGUGAUGAACCCAUCCCAAAAGCAUCCUCCUUUUCCCUCUCCCACCUGCUAUCCAGUUGGCCAUCGAGUCCUCUCAGAAAUGGCUUCUCCUCUCCUCCCACUACCCCACCUCUGUUUCCAGUUGAGGGUAUUUAAUUCCUGUGCCCCCCUCUCAGGCUCUUGCCUCUUUUCCCAUAAAUCUUAAUAAAUAUAUUUGAGAUGUACAAUAUGAUGUAGGACACACACAGACAGUAAACUGGUGAUUCCAGCAAAUCUGACAUUUCUAUCAUAGCACAUAGUUACUUGUUUGUGACAACAGCAGCUGAACUCUGUUUAUUUAACAAAAUUUCCUGAUCCAGUGCAGUUUUAUUAACUUUAGUCCUCAUGUUGUACAUUAGCUCUCUAAACUUGUUCCUCCUACAAAUCUGCUGUUUUGUGUCAUUUGACUUCCGCAAUUCCUCUUCUCCCUCUGGAGUCCUGGUAACCUCUCUUUCAUUGUAUAUCUGUUUAUGUGUGUAGGCUAAAAUAGUCCGCAUGAGUGAGGUUUUGCCAUAUUUUUUCAUUCUGUGUCUGGCUUAUUUCACUUAGCAUCAUGUCUUCUAAGGACAUCUGUGUUGUGGCAAAUGGCAAGAUCUCUUUUUUAAAAGCCAAGUAAUAAAUAUAUAGAUUUCACGUUUUUUAUUCAAAAAAUCCAGUCUUAUGUAUGAGAACGAGCCUUGUUGAAAGGUGGGAGAGGCUGGGAGAAAAACAAAACAGACAACUCUGGAAUUGCACAAAGUGCAAUUUAAUAGGGACUUGUAGACAGAUGUGUAUCUUGGGAGGAAGUAAGACUAGAGGAGCCCUUGUCCCACAGUGAGAGAAAGGGGUUUUAUUUGCUAGACAAAGGUGGGCUGUGGCCAGACCAGAAUGUACCUAGCUUUUCCCAAAAGCUAUUAAUAUGUCUGGUCUGGAUCUAAAAUCUCCCCCAAAGUCUCAGGUAUUCAGAGGUGGGGCUUUAGAAGGUCAUUGGAUCAUGGGGGUGCUGUACUCACUGCUGGAUGAAUCCAUGGGAAAGGUUAUGGCUGAACGUGCUAUUAAGAGGGGGGGCCAGGUCAGAGCAGGAACAUCACUGAAGUAUGACCUGGAAGAUGUAUUCUUAUCCCUGGCUCUUCCCUUCUCUGCUUUCUGGCCACCAUGACAUGAAAGCAGAAACCUUGUCUGCUGUGACCUUCUGCCAUGCCAUUUUUGCUUUGGAGCUAUAAAUUGGAUCUUCUCAAACCAUCAACUUUAAUUUCUGGUAUGGAUCCUGCUUCAUUCCUAAUGUGUUUCCUAUCAUCCUGUCCAUACUUCACAACCAUCUUAGGGUGAUACAGGUUACAUGCUGGUCCCCUCUACUCCCAGCAUCUUAAGGAGGCAUCAUGAAGGGUAAAAUACACCCAUGCCAUACUUUUGUAAUACAAAUAUGUACUUUAGUAUAAUGGUAGCCAGGUGUGGCUCACAGUAGCUGUGCCUGGGGAAAACAGGAACCUACCUGUGCAUUCACCCACUUGGCAGACGAACAGCAAGGUGUGUACAGGAGCUCCAAAGUGUCAAGAGAACUAGCCCAAUUCAGUACAAUGGCACAUGAAAAACCAGAUUUGCAAGUUUUGGGGGAGGUAGAAAGUGAGUCAUCGGGUGACUUGUGCACUGAUAAUGAUGACAUUGACAUUGACAUUGACGUUGACCAUUUGAGCCAGAGAUCCUGCAGCAGUGAGAUGGAACAAGAAUUGACUGAUACAGACACUGGGAAUGAAGACCUCCUUGAUUUAGAUAAUGAAACAAACAGCAGUGUGAGUACAUAUUUGACUAGUCAAAAUGCAACAAAAUGGUCACGAAUACCUGAGCAAUCUAAUGUUAGAACUAGGUCGGAAAAUACUAGGUUCUUGGCAGGGGUGAAAUCUAUUGGACAGAAUGCCAGCACUGCGAUUCAAUGUUGGAAAUUGAUUAUAACAGAUGAUAUGUUACAAGAUGUUGUGAAACAUACAAAUACUGAAAUACAACUAAAACGUUCUAUAUGCACCAAUAGUCAUACUCAAAAAUGUGUUUAUUAUGACACCUCACUAUCUGAACUGAAAGCAUUCAUAGGUCUGCUGUACUUAGCAGGGCUUUCGCAUGCUAAUCGCAGCAAUGUAAAAGACUUAUGGAGAAGUGAUGGGUGUGGGCUUGAGGUUUGUAGAAUAACAAUGACACUGAGGAGAUUUGGUUUCCUUCAGAAUUGCCUGAGGUUUGAUGACAAAACUACCCGCCAAGAAAGAAAAAGAACUGAUAAUCUGGCUGCUAUCCGCUCAUUUUUUGAGAGCUUCCUGUCAAACUGCCAAGCAAUUUACACACCAUCUGAAUAUAUGACUAUUGAUGAACAGCUUGCAGCAUUUCAUGGUCGCUGCAGCUUUAGGCAGUGUUUGCCAAAUAAGCCUUCAAAAUAUGGUAUAAAAAUAUAUACCCUAGUAGAUGCAAAGACGUAUUAUACUUUCAAUUUAGAAAUUUAUCCUGGAACUCAGCCACCAGGUCCUUACUCGUGCAGUAAUAAACCACAUGAUGUUGUAAACAGACUUGUUGCUCCUAUCUCCCAAAGUAAUCGGAAUGUGACCUUCGACAGUUGGUUUACCAGUUACCCACUGAUGUUACAUUUGCUAAGAGAACACCAGCUGACCAGUGUGGGAACUAUACGCAAGAACAAAGCAGAAAUUCCCAAUGAAAUGUUGCAAGUUCGAAACAGAGAAUUGUAUAGCACUAUCUUUGGAUUUCAGAGAGACAUAACAUUGGCCUCCUAUAUGGCCAAGAAAAACAAAGUGGUACUGCUGAUGUCAACACUGCACCAUGAUGGCAGUAUUGAUAGAGAUACCUUGACACAAAUGAAGCCAGAAAUAGAAACUUUUUACAACAAAACCAAAGGUGGAGUAGAUAUUGUUGAUGAGUUAUGCAGCAACUAUGAUGUCACUCGAAACACGAAGCGUUGGCCAAUGAUUGUGUUUUACUCGAUCCUAAACAUGUCCGGCAUAAAUAGUUUCAUAGUUUACAAAGAAAAUAACAAGUGCAAAAUAUCACGGAGAAAUUUUCUUAGAGGAUUGGGACUGGAACUGAUAAGGGAACAACUACAGCAGAAGAGGGACAAAAUGUUUCUGCCCAGGGAACUACGCAAAACAGAUUUGGAGCUGACAGGAGAACACGCAGGCACAACAUCACAAAAACCUACUCGGACAGUAGAAAAACCAAAAAGAUGUCAUCUGUGCCCUAAAAAAAAAGACAGGAAAACAAAACACAUGUGCUAUCAGUGUAAGGGAUACCUGUGUAUGGAACAUGCAGUUCUCGUGUGUGAAGACUGCCUUGGGUAUGACAGUUGAAGCACAGACUAUUUCUGUGGUACACUUUUCUUUGUAUUUUCCCUGUAGUUCACGUAAGAAUUUAUAUCUGUUGUUAUUUUUCAGGUUUUAUAAGCAAAUGAACAGUUGAUGUGAAAAUGUUGAUGUGUAUUCUAAAUACUCAAUACAGAUUUGAUAUUUUA